AUGGCCAACCCUCCUCACGGCGGAGAACUCAAAGACUUGCCACGACACGAGAAGCUCACUGCCGAAGCAGAAUCCCUUCCUGCCAUCGUCCUCACUGAGAGACAGCUUUGUGAUCUGGAAUUGAUCCUCAGUGGAGGCUUUUCUCCUCUAGAAGGUUUUAUGAAUGAGAAGGAUUACAAUGGUGUUGUUGCAGAUAAUCGGUUAGCCGAUGGCAACCUCUUCUCCAUGCCAAUUACCCUCGAUGUAUCUCUGGAACAGCUCAAGGCAUUGGGCGUCAAGCCUGGAUCGAGAAUUACACUUCGUGAUUUCAGAGACGAUCGAAACCUUGCCAUCAUCACCGUUGACGAUACGUACAAACCAGACAAACAAAAGGAAGCCAAGGAUGUAUUUGGAGGCGAUGAGGAGCACCCGGCCGUAAAAUACCUGUACGAAACCGCUCAAGAUUAUUAUAUUGGAGGAAAGGUAGACGCCAUCAACCGUCUAGAGCAUUAUGACUACGUGGCGCUGAGAUAUACCCCCGCAGAACUCCGCCUGCACUUCGACAAACUCGGCUGGUCAAAAGUCGUGGCUUUCCAAACCCGAAACCCAAUGCACAGAGCACAUCGAGAGUUGACCGUCCGCGCUGCUCGUGCCCGUCAAGCAAAUGUCCUCAUCCACCCCGUCGUCGGUCUCACAAAGCCCGGAGAUAUUGAUCACUUCACCCGUGUCCGCGUUUACCAAGCCCUGCUACCAAGAUACCCUAAUGGUAUGGCAGUUCUUGGCCUCCUUCCACUCGCCAUGCGAAUGGGUGGUCCACGUGAAGCCAUCUGGCAUGCCAUCAUCCGCAAGAAUUAUGGCGCAACCCACUUCAUCGUUGGUCGAGAUCACGCAGGCCCAGGAAAGAACAGCAAAGGUGUAGAAUUCUACGGCCCAUACGACGCCCAAUACGCGGUCGAGAAAUACAAGGACGAGCUCGGAAUCGAAGUUGUUCCUUUCCAGAUGAUGACCUUCCUCCCAGACAGCGACGAAUACCGCCCCAUAGAUGAAGUCCCAGCCGGUGUCCGCACCCUUGAUAUAUCCGGUACCGAGCUCCGCAGCCGUCUACGAACAGGUCGUGAAAUCCCAGAAUGGUUCUCUUACCCCGAAGUCGUCAAAGUCCUCCGCGAAUCCCACCCACCCCGCUCCGCACAAGGUUUCACUGUCUUCCUGACCGGCUACCAAAACAGCGGCAAGGACGCCAUCGCGCGCGCUCUCCACGUAACGCUGAACCAACAAGGAGGUCGUUCCGUCUCACUCUUGCUCGGUGAAACCGUCCGAGCUGAACUCUCCUCCGAGCUCGGCUUCAGCCGCGAGGACCGCACCAAGAACAUUGGCCGCAUCGCAUUCGUCGCAUCCGAAUUAACGCGCGCCGGUGCAGCCGUCAUCGCAGCCCCAAUCGCGCCCUUUGAAGACGCACGCACGCAUGCUCGCGAACUCGUUGAGAAAUUCGGAUCUUUCUACCUUAUCCACGUCGCUACUAGCCUCGAGCAUGCCGAGAAGACCGAUAAGAAAGGAAUCUAUGCUAAGGCGAGAAAUGGCGAUAUUAAGGGCUUUACAGGUGUGGAUGAUCCGUAUGAGGCGCCUGCCAAGGCGAACCUGACGGUGGAUAUUGAGAAGACGAGCGUGAGGAGUGCGGUGCAUCAAAUUGUGCUGCUUUUGGAGAGUGAGGGCUUGCUGGACAGGUUGUAG